AUGAACUUUGCAGCAAGCCUUUCCAGCACCUCUCCUUUGCUGCAGGUCAAGAUCCGUCUGAGGACAUGGCUGGUUGAGAAGGACUUGCUGAAGAGCACGGUCUCUGACAUCUGCCAUGCUCCACCGCUGACUUUGCCAGCAGCCAGCCAGGGCGAAUCCCCUCAAAAGAAGGCCAGGGUCCACUCUUACAAGGAGAUGUUUAACGGUGGCAACUGUGUUCGGAGCCUUCAGAGGUCCAAGGUCUACGAGGCCGGUGGCUCCAUUUUGUGGAUGUCUCCUUUUCCGGCUCCACCGGAAGGCAAAUCCCAGGAGUAUGGGUCUGUGAUCAAGCCCUCGGACUUCACGUAUUCGCAGAUGGUCGAGGCGCAAAGUCUGUUUCAGGCCAGUGAUGUCUACCACGAUGGGCGCAUCUUGUACCCGAAUGUGAUUCAGUGCAUGGUCUCGGUCAUUGACCCAUUGCUGGGCAAGGUCAAGGACUUUCCACAGAGUUUGUCUCUCAUCAGCGGCCACUUGCCACUCUAUGCCUGGUGGCUUUCGGUCUACGAGGCCCUCCAGGAAAGCGCUGAUGAUCGAUUGCUUCGUCUCUGGCAGGCCGGUCUCACAGCCACCAUUCAGAUACAUCUGGUGGACUCGGACGGCCAGCUUGCUCGUCUAUGCAUUGCUUCCUCUGAAGCGCUGAGAAAUUUGCAGGCCAGCAACGACAGCUUGAUGGCUUUCUGCGAGAGGCUGGUGGUCUUGACAAAGUCUUACAAAGUGCAGAAACAGCAGGAUGUCUUGGACCGUCUCAAGAAGGACGGGGUCUUGUUCCAGGGCAGGGCAAUCAACAAGAAUGUCUUGGUGGCAGCCGAAUCCAUUCAGCGGCACAUGUCGCCAGAGGCACGGCAAACCCUGGUCUACCUGUCUUCCAAGUAUGGGACGUCGGUCUUGACCGAGCAGGUUGGCAAACUCUACAAGAUCAUUUUGAUGAUCAGCCGACUCACGUCGAGCCGACUUCCCGGGGAGAACACCGCCAAUAUCUUGAGUCUGGUCUUGUCGCAGAUCGCGAAUGCCUUGGACUUGGAGAUCCUGAAGACCUCCCAGCUAACGGGCGAAGGUCUCACUGGCAAGGAGGGCAAGGACGCACAAAACAUCACCAAUGCGGAUGAUGUGCCGAUCGUCUCGCUUUGUCUGACCCAGAUUAGCGUUGCUUUCAAUGCGAACCAGAGUCUGGGGCUUCUGGACGAUUGCCCCAAAUCGGUCAAGGAGGCUUUGAGCAGACUGCUGGACCCGCAGAAGUUCCGCUUGGAGCUGGACUUGUCUUUCGCAAGCGUGCAGAGCUCAGGGCUGGACCCACCGGCCACUACCUAUGACGAGGCCUCCCACAUGACUUUGGACCGGGUCAAGGAAUCGCUGAAAGACGUCACAUACACCGGACAGAAGGCCAACUUCGACCCCUUGGUGGACUGGGCCUUUUCGCUGGCAGACGGCCAGCUGAUGAGCAGCCUCAGAAAGUUGUCUCUUGAGAGCGACAUCAGCAAGGCAUUGGUCUCUGGGGACUUGGAGGUGGCCAAGGAACUGCGUGAGGCCAUGAAGGUCUUUGAACAGGUCGCAAGCGACACCCCAGCGCCAGCCAUGAGCUGGCAGCAGCUGAUGGAGAUCGGGCACGACACAGAGCAGGAUGCCGAUCUCAGGAAGAUGUUCAAGAAGCAAGAGCGCGAGGAGGUCUGGAGCAGGGCCAGCACAGUCCGGAAGAGUCUGGUCUCUUACUCGUCUUUGACGAACUGGAAACGGUCUUCCCUGGAUGCAGCCUACAAAGCGUCGCCUUGUGUCUCCUUCACUGGGGAGAUGAACAAAAAGUUUAUGCUCUUCCAUCUUGCUGCGGACCUCUGCUUCGAGGGCGAAAAGGGCUGGUCUGGACCGGCGAAGUGUAAGGCCUCCCCCAUGUUGGACCUUUUCAAGGACAAGCUGGCCUUUGUAAGUGAGGUCUCGGGCAACAAGAUGAGUCUGGUCUUUGACGGAAGGAUUGAGGACACCACGGACUCGAAGGAGACGGUCGAGUUGUCUAUCACCUAUUCCGGAAAGUUCCACAAGACACAUUCCAGACGAGUCUUCGGGUCUCAGAAAAACCACGAAAUCGCGGUGAUGAUCUUGGGCCCACAGCGGAUCCGUCUUCAGUCUCAGGCCCGCGAGGACCCGGACGACUACAGGAUCCAGGGCGAGGACAGCACGGCCUACACGUCGUAUGUCAAGGUGCCGUACCCCGAGACUGAGGGUCUCCCGCGAGUCCCCUUCAAGGUCAAGGCCAAAGUCUUGGGCUUGGACUUGCCUAGGGACGAAGACAAGUCACCUGGCAGCCUGAAUCACAGGUGGCCCAAGGACUGGUCUUUCGGCGAGAACGUUCCGAUGUUCUGGUCUGAGACGAAGUGCUCUGGGCUUUACGAGGCCAUCUUGGACAAUUACCAGAUCGCCAUGGUCUGUGACCUGUCUCCUUCGUCGGCCCUAAUGGCGGCCUGUCUCUCGAGAAACAUCAGGUAUCAUGGUCUAACAUUGUCUGAUCAGCACACGGAGUUUCUUGAGAGACUGUCGGAUCGAGAAGCCAUCCGCCACAUCUGUUGCAAAGAGCACCCUCUCUGGCAGGAGGACCUUGCAGGUCUCCUCAACAGCCAUUUCCCGACGGAGGCCAACCCGGUCUCGUCUGGGAAGAAUCAGGCUAAUCCGGCCACGCCGCCGGAGUGA